UGUUGUCCUUGAAGAUUGUUGCAAGAUAUUUUUGGCAUGACUGAAAGAUACCAUUGAGAUUAUCCCGCAUCCCCCGAGAGUAUCCGCGAUACCCCUUUCAGCUGGGGUAAUGACGUUAUGACUGCAGCUUCCGCGCCUCGAGAUCUUCACUCCAUCUUACAGUACGCGUCAACCUGGCAAAACAAUCACAACAUCCUCGACAGCUAUCGCGCUUGCGACCUCUUGGAUACAUUGCUACCCCAUCGCAGCAUCAAGGAAGCCUAAUAAGAGACAACAUAGCAUACCCAUAUUCAGCCCCCCUUCGGAAUGAUCCCCAGACGACGACAGCACAAGUUGAAACGAUGACUGUCUCCCCUCGUGCCAUUCCCCCGUCGUCGGCCAUGAAGGAAAAGAUCCAACUGGCGCAGCAAAGCCCGAAAAAUGGGCGUCGCAAACGAGGCCUGGGGCAUUCUUCCACGUUUCUGUGGUUGAAUGGUAUCUGCCUGAUUAUCAAUAUCACCCUCAUGAUUGUACUAUUUGUCUUUCACGCCAAUUGGAUGCCCAAACAGGCCAAUAGUGUCCAGCGAGCCCAUUCCCGCAACCGCAAAGAGUUCUUUAAUCUCAUGCGGGGACUCAAUAAAGAUGGAAGUAUGAAGAGUUUAUUCAAAGAAGUCAAGGAAGAAAUAGAAGAAGAAUUGCCACGACUGUUUCGGGGAUUUCAAGGAGAUGCGGACGUGGAAGAACAAGCUGCUGAAGAAGAAGUGCAUGCCGAUGAUACCCCCAAUAAGGAAGCAGAAGAAGAAGAAGCCGAGGAUAACAAUACAGACAACGCCAACGACAACAACAGUGAGUUGCCGUACACAUUGAACAACAGUCCCAACAGUGACGACUAUGAUAUUUCCAAACAACAAUAUCACGUCAUCUUUAGUACUGGUUGUUCGGCAAAACAACACUGGCAAUCUUACAUGCUCUACUACUCCAUUGUCACCAGUGGACAAACGGGACAGGCCACUCGAAUUGCUUCGGGCUGUACCGACGAAGAAGCCAAGGAACUGAAAAAGAUUCACAAGGAACAAAUUGAACCCAUGGGACGAAUUGGGAACGAACAAGAGGCUUCCCGAUUUCAUCUUCAUCUGACACCCGAAUUUGGAAAAGAUUUUCAUUAUAACAACAAGCCCUAUGGGGUAGCCCACUGGAUGGAAAACGUCUUGGGAUACAGUGAAAACCAAAAGAGUACCAAUCAUGAUGAUACCCUUCUCAUGCUGUUGGACCCGGAUAUGAUCCUUAUGCGACCCUUUGUCAAUGACUUUGCCGAAAAAGAAAUGUGGCUCCCUCGUACUUCGUAUCCUCGCAUUACACGCGUCAAACAUGGAUAUCCCAUGGCGUCCGUCUACGGCUAUGGCAAUCAAUGGUUUCACAAGACCAACAUUACCAAAAUUGUGGGAAAAUCGCCCAUGAUGUCCUACACCAAGGAACAAAUUGAUGAAAAUUAUCAUGCCGGGCCGCCCUACGUUAGCAUGGCCAAGGACUUUUAUCAAAUUGUCUCCACAUGGCGCAUGCUCGCAAACCCGGUCCACGAACAGUACCCCUUUCUCCUCAGUGAAAUGUUUGCCUAUUCUCUGGCAGCGGCUCAUUUGGAACUGCCACAUCAAUUGGCACAAUCCUUCAUGGUCUCGGAUUGGAAAGAACCUGGAGUGGAACUGGCAACCAAGAACACUGAUGUCACACCCGGCCAAAUGUGCCGUCACAUUCCAACCGAAACCAAACCUCACAUUCUGCAUUAUUGUCAACGUCUGGCAUUGGGCAAAUACCUCAUGUCCAAACAUCGACUACCAGAUGAUUUUGUGGGACAGGAUGAGAGUUGUGGAAAGCCACUUUUGGCAGAACCUCCGGAUGAUUUUGCCGUCAAGUACGAUUAUUUUAUCGAUGUUGCGUCGGGCAAACGACAUGAUAUUCGUGAUGCCGCCAAUGGACGAUUCACAGGACAAGAAAAGAUUAAUCAAGCUGCUUUUUUGCUCUGUGAAGAGCUUCAAGCCUUUAACCGUGGAGCCACAUAUUUCAAGGAACAUCAUUGCGACGAAGAAUCGGCCAACAUGCAAAAGACAUUUCUGUUUUUCGAUUCUACAGAGUUGACCGAGGCAGAAAAGAAUCAAAAGGGGGAAACUGUGUAACGAAAACAAUACGUUAGUCAGAGCUUUGAUGUAUGCAAUGAUGAUAGCUAAUUACCGUGCCGGUAGGUUUUCAAGGUGAUCAUCUAGCUACUAUUUAUUUUAC